CUUUUAUUCCGUAUAGUUAUAAGUAGAUACAAAAAACAGUAGCAAAUAGUUUUGCCCGCCAACUACCGCUCCUUUGUGAGCGUCUCGUGAGCUUGGUAGGCGGUUCUUCCACCACUUUGUCCAAGGCCCAGUAGAUGCCUGCCCCUCCAUCCACAUUUGCACCCCGCGCCAAAGCUUUCCCGCUCUCCAACCCACCACAACCUCAACACGCGAUCAAUGGCUGGCACCAAGAAAAAGAAGAAGGCUGUUGCUAAUCCAGCUAGGGGUUUUGCGACAACCUCUAUAGCCUCGAAGCCGAGACCAGAAACCUCGGAAGCAUCCAACGACCCCUCUAGUACAGACCAAGCCAAGAAGCCAGCAGAAGCGGCGGCUGAACGCUCCGACGAAGCUCAAAUUGCCAAACCAGACAACGGGCCGCCUCCCUUGAGCGCGGAAGAAUUUGAAAAACAACUAGAAGAAUCAGAAUUGCAGCUUCUUGUCGAAAAGUUUGCCUUGAAAACGAAGCGCGAUGCUCAGCGCCAAAAAAAUAGAUUGGAAACGGAUCGCCGAUUGCUGAGAGGCCAGGCAGACCCCAUUAAUGUAACAAAAUGGCUUCCACCGGAUAUUUUGGAUCAUAUUUUGGAUUUAAUCAAAGCUGAGAGUCGAUUUUCCGCCUCAAACGUAUCCCAAGACAGCAUAACAGCUGGCAAGAUGCCAACGGAGGAGGAAACGAUUGGACGUCUGUGGUCUUUGCAACAAACUCUCUUGUUAACAGAUUUCCCUGAAGCAAGAGUUCAAUCUGCAAUUAAAUAUAUACUGGAUAUCGCGCCUAAUGUCUCGGUAUCUGUGAAAGAUUCCAUUUGGGGGCUGGAAGAGGCACUUGAAUGGUUGGCUCGUGAAUGCACAAUGGACGAGCUGCCUCUAUAUGAAAACAGACCAAAGCCGCAUGUAAAGGACACUCCGAGUGACACACCAGCUACAUCACGUAGCACUACUCCCAAACCGGGGCAGAGUCGUCGGAGACGAGAUGACCUUACCACGAACCAAAAACAACGGCACGGACCGCCACAGAAGCAGGCAAAGGUGACUUACGAUAGCGAUAUUGAGCCUGAUGAUCUUCAUCCACAAUAUUUGGCUGCCAAAAUACGGCUGCUCGAAAUGUCCAAGCUAACUGACCCUACAAAGAAGAGCGAGAAAUCCCCAGAGAGUGACGAAAAGGCAAAACUGCUAGCAAAACUCCAAAAAAUCGAGAACGAUGUCUUGUUUGACAAAGCCGCCGCAGAUUUCGAAUGGAAAUCGAAAAGAAUUGAGCUCGAGAAGGAAUUUGCAAUGGAACGUAAUCGCCAGAAAGCGGAGACAAAACCGGUUGUGGAAAGCCAGGUCAUCGACGAAGAGCCUGACGACAGUGUUAAUGCGGAAGCUGAAAGAAUCGCUGCAGAACUACUAGCUGAGGUUCAUGAUGAUGAUGGAGGACUCGGCAACCUUUUUGAUGCGCUGCCGCAAAGCGAAGUAGAUCCAUCUACAGGUGCGACCAGAACAGUCAUGACUUCGUCGGAUGGAGUGAAACUCACUAUUCGCGACUUUGGAAAAUGGUCUGGUGUCAACCCUCGUAGGGUUCUUGAAGAAUCUUGCCGAUCUAGGGAUUCCAAUGUUAAACUUGAGUUUCGUGCCAUUUCGGAAGCCGCGUUCGCUAAUCGCCAUACUCUUGAUAUUUGGUGGACAAAGCCUCAAGAGCCUCCGCAAAUACCAGUUCCUUUAGAUAUCGACCAUAUCUUGGAUGCCAACCAAUUUACCUUUACGAUGACCAAAGUUGCAACGCCAGAUUUAAAACAGUCAGAGGCUUACUUGGCGACAGCCGCGUUAUUCCACAUAUUUGGACAAAACUCGAAAGAAGAAAAAGUUCACCUCAAAUUACCGCCAGUUUGGCGUGAUUUCUGGGGAGAACUCGCCGAAGCCAAGAAGGAUGAGCUGGAUACUCGUGACCGAGAAGUUAUGAGACAACUUCGUGACUUUGUCCGACAACGCCAAGAUCAAGAACUGGAAGACGGUGUUAUUCUCCAGGGUGUUUUCAAGGGAAGAAAUACUGGCAAGGCCAAUGGGGAGAACUCAGAUUCAACUGUCACACAUCGGUCGAGAUCUGUCCAAAUGUCACCCGAUGCCCUCCGAAAGAUUUGGGUAGACAAGAGCUCGACACCCCAAUACCAACAGAUGAUGAAAUUUCGAUCGCAACUGCCGAUGUCAUCAUUCAAAACAUCUGUACUCCAGGCAGUUGAGAAUAACCAAGUAGUUAUUAUUUGUGGCGAGACAGGCUGUGGAAAGAGUACGCAAGUUCCAGCAUUUUUGUUGGAGAAUGAGCUAGCAAAUGGUAGACACUGCAAGGUUUAUUGCACAGAGCCCCGGCGUAUUUCAGCUCUGUCUCUUGCAAGACGCGUCAGCGAAGAACUGGGAGAGAAGAGAGAUGAUAUUGGCACAAACAGGUCUCUAGUAGGUUAUUCGAUUCGCUUAGAAGCGAACGUAUCACGAGAGACCAGACUUGUUUAUGCUACAAUUGGUAUCGUCAUGCGAAUGCUGGAAGGUUCAAACGAUCUCCAGGAGGUCACACACUUGGUCCUUGACGAAGUUCACGAACGAUCGAUUGAUAGCGACUUCCUGCUCAUCGUUUUGAGGCGAUUGAUGAAGCAGAGAAAGGAUCUGAAAGUGGUUCUUAUGUCUGCUACUGUUGAUGCGGAUCGAUUUUCAACAUAUCUAGGUGGCGCACCAAUACUGAAUGUUCCCGGCAGGACGUUCCCAGUCGAAGUUAAAUAUUUGGAGGAUGCUAUCGAACUAACAAGUUAUGUUCCCACCACAAAUGCGAAUGAAAAAAUGAUUGAUCUGGACGAAGACGGGGAAGCAGAUGCGGAAACCCAUCAGCCUGGUGAGGCACUGAAUCUUGUUGGAUACUCUCAGCGAACAAGAAACGUCCUUUCACAGAUGGAUGAAUACCAGAUUGACUACGACCUCAUCAUGCAACUUUUAAUUCACAUCAGCUCGGCUACAGAUAUGGCUUUUUACAGCAAAGCUAUCUUGAUCUUUCUUCCUGGUAUCGCCGAGAUUCGAACUCUUAACGAUCUUAUCUUGGGCGAUCCUCGAUUCAGUAAAGAUUGGCUGGUUUACCCUCUGCAUUCGACAAUCGCAACAGAGGACCAGGAGUCGGCUUUCUUGGUACCGCCUGAAGGGUUAAGAAAAAUUGUCCUAGCGACAAACAUUGCGGAAACAGGUAUCACGAUUCCAGAUGUGACGUGUGUUAUAGAUACAGGCAAACACCGCGAGAUGCGUUUUGAUGAGAAACGCCAACUUUCAAGGCUGAUUGAUACAUUUAUUUCCAAGGCCAAUGCUAAGCAAAGGCGUGGUAGAGCAGGCCGAGUUCAAAAUGGUUUAUGCUUCCACAUGUUCACGAAAGCACGCCAUGAUUCAGUCAUGAGCGACCAACAAACGCCGGAAAUGCUUCGGUUGUCACUUCAAGAUCUCGCUAUUCGCGUAAAGAUCUGCAAAAUUGGCGGCAUUGAAGAAACCCUUGGAGAUGCGCUAGAUCCCCCUUCAGCCAAAAAUAUUAGACGCGCCAUCGACGCUCUGGUUGAUGUAAGGGCUCUGACUACAUCAGAGGAGCUCACACCUUUGGGCCGCCAGCUGGCACGCUUACCCUUGGAUGUUUUUCUUGGUAAGCUAAUCUUGCUGGGUACUGUUUUCAAAUGUCUGGACAUGGCCAUAACAUUAGCGGCGAUACUGUCCUCGAAAUCACCCUUCUCCGCUCCGUUUGGUCAACGAACUCAAGCAGACAACGCACGCGCUGCUUUCAAAAAAGCUGAUUCGGAUCUUCUUACUGUCUACAAUGCGUACUCGGCCUGGAAAAGAGUCUGCCAGUCUAAUAGUGGGUUUGGCAAAGAGAUGCAGUUUUGUCGAAAGAACUUCCUCAGCCAGCAAACGCUGUCAAAUAUUGAGGAUUUGAAGGGUCAGCUUUUGGUGGCACUUGCAGAUUCUAGUUUCCUUUCUCUUACUGAAGAGGAAAGAAAAGGCUUAUCACGAAUGCGAGCAACCAAUCGUGGCCGCAGGCAGCAAAACUUCUACGAGAUUCCAAAUCGCGUAAACAUCAACAGUGACAACGACGUUGUCGCAUGCUCAGUUAUUGCUUGGAGCUUUUAUCCAAAGCUGUUAAUCCGGGACAUCCCUGGAUCAAAAGGUGUUCGAAACAUUGGCAACAAUCAGUCUAUCAGUAUACAUCCGGCUUCUGUGAAUCGCAGCGCUCUUGAUAUUAAAUGGCUUUCAUACUACCAUAUCAUGCAAUCAAAAAGCAUAUACCGAGCCCACGAAAUUACUGCUGUUGAUGCGUUUGCCAUUGCCCUAUUCUGCGGGGAUGUGCGUUGCGAUGUGAGUGGUGUUUUUGCAUUCAGUCUAAUUUCCUCUAACAUAUUUGUAGCUAUUUUCCGGUGUCAUUAUUCUGGAUGGGAACCGAGCCCGUUUCUCUGUUCCCGAUUGGAAGACAAUGCUUGCCAUCAAGGUCCUUCGCACCAGAUUGCGAGAAAUGCUGAACAAGUCUUUCCGGCAGCCUGGGAAGCUUCCGACAGCUCAGCAAGAGAAGUGGCUUGAUAUGUGGCAACGGCUCUUCACACAAGAUUUUGCACAGGAGAAGUCUAUCGGUGCUGUAAAAGCUUAGUAUAGAGAAGUAGAACGGCUCGAUACAUUCGCAAAUGUAGGAAAACUUGUCGAAUAUAAACAGUGUUUCUAUGUUACAGAUUGAGUAGCAUAUACCGACUACACCUUUGAGCAAUCUAAAAUACCCUAUUCCCCAUUCGCCUUUUCUUUCGAUGCUAAAAAUAAUGCCUUAAAAUCAGCAUUACUCUUGGCACCUUCCGCUGGAUUUGCCUUAUCAACGGUGCCUGUCUUGGCGGCUGUAGCAAUUCUUGGGCCAGCAGCUAACCCGCCUCGUCGCUUACCGCCUCGCAAUGGAGGCCUGUUCCUGGAAGCCUGCGAGGGCAUUAAACCUCCCGCAAACGCCACUGGCUUUUGCUUUGCUGUCUCCCGGUUCUCAGCCUUUGCCUGGUGCAGAUCUUUAACAGACCCAAUGCGCAGCGAGUAGCCUUCGAAAUCCAUAUUAUCCAACUGUAAAGCUGCCUUGCCAGCCGUACUGGCGUCGAUGAAUUCAAUCUUGGCUCCACCGUUGCCUGGGAUUAGCACCAAACGGACAAUUUCACCCAUGGGCUCAACAACGGCACGAAUUCGAGCAUCAUUAACUGUAUCAGGAAAGCCGAGGACGACGACAGUGCGUGCCAGGACGUCUUGUGCCGAAGGGCCAGAAAUCUCAGCACUGUCCGUCGCUGCAGUCUGGCCCUCGCCACUGACUACUGCGUUGGCUAUGCUCGUCGUAGUAGAUGUGUGCUUAACCUUGGAGUCUUUGGAGAGCUGUACUUGUACAAUCUGAUUUCGGAUCUUGGUGUUAUGAAGUUGAGCAAUGGCAGUUUCUGCUUGAUCCUUGGUUUCAAAGUCCAUGAAUGCAAAUCCUUUCGUUUUCCCUGACAUAUUCCUUGGCAAAUUGACGCGAAGCACCUUGCCGUACUUGGAGAAUAUAUCUUUUAGGCUCUCUUCGGUUAUUCCACUGUCCAGAUUGGAUAUAUGAAUUUCACGGCCUUCGGAUAGAGCACCCUCUCUGUUCUUCUUUUGUCCUGGGUCGGAAUACUUGGCCAGCAGUUUGAAUUUCUCAUCCAGCAAAAGUCCGUCUUUCUGCACUGCCUUUGCGGAGGCUUUUCGGUCUCUGAAAGAAAUGUAGCAAAAUCGACGGUGGCUGUUAACUUUUAAGCUAGGCCAACGUAUACUAAGAAUUUCGCCACAGUCAUUAAAAAGACGAUGCAUGUAUUCAUCGUUCGCUGCUGGUGGAUAGUUUGCAACGUAUACAGUCAAGUCGUGACCAGAUCCGACACGAAUCUGGGACUGGCCGAAGUACUUCAUAUCACGGAGCAAGGCCGACUCUGCCUCUGCCGGUGUGUUGAAUUCAAUCAAGGCUGUCGUGCUUGAUCCAUCACUCUCACGAACCAUACCCGUGAUGUUUUUGAUAUGUCCGUAUUCUUUAAAGUAUUGUCGAACUUUGGUCUGAGUCACAUCAGCAGGGAGAUUUGUUACAACAACUGUCGAAUUUUCUCGAUCACGCUUCGUCUCCUCAGAUCCGGUGGUGCAAGCUUGUAGAGUGCCGUCUGUCUUCUUUUGGCGUUUUGCAACGCUAGCGUCUUGUUCGGCAACAUCAUGGUCGGCAUGCUUGCGCUUCUGAUUUGAAAGAGAAACAGCUGGAGCGGUUGCAUCGUCUGUGGUAGCCUGUGCUGUUUGGGUACCAUAAUAUGCGGCGUAUUCAGCUGCCUUUUCUUGUUCCUCUCUUUCACGGCGCUUCCUAACACCCCUUUCUGCUCUAUAGAUAUCAUCUAGUAUCGUGCGAGCAAUAGCCGGUGUUUCAUAGUCGUUAGAAUGCUGUGCAUAAAGCUCAAGAAUCUUCUCCGGCCAGUCCAGCAUCUUUUGCUUAGCGGCACUCUUUAGCACAUUCGUAGCUUCUGUUGGUGAUUUGCCCUGGGUUUGGCUGUCUGAAAGGUACACCUGCAUCUCCCACUUGUAAUAUUGAAGCCAGAAGUCAUGAUUGUCAGAAUAUAAGCGCUUGCGCGCCAAUGUUUGCCACUGCUCCCUUGCCAUGUCCGGCGCACCAGCCGAUUCUGAGAGAAACUCGGCGAAGAUGCGCUCCAAUCGGAAUUUUGGAUCGCCUUGGUAAGCCUUUCCUGCAUAUUUCUUCCCAAUUUGCUGCACUUCGCGCAGACAUUCAAUAAAAGUGGUAUGAAUAUCCUCCGUGGCGGUUGGAUUGACGGAGUGGUGCCGUUUCAGCGAGCCAAAGACGCAUUCGUAUACUUGCAUCAGCUCUUCCAUGCCGUGUUGUUCGAUAUCAAUUUUCAACUUAGCACUAUCUUUUGCCGCGAUGAUGGCACUGAUAUCAGUGGUGGUUUCUUCAAGCAGUUGGAUAUGGCGUCUCCAUAAUCGACCGGACCAUGGGCAAUGAGCCAAAGCACGCUCAAUAGCAUCCGAGGCAGCUUCUAGCAGUUCGUCACUUCCGUCACGGGUGGCGGAGGAUUUUAAUACACAAUAAUCGUACCAAACUGCCUCGUCAUUAGCGAAGAUACCACCAAGGGCUCUAGCAAAGAGGCCCUCGGCGAGCAGAAAGGGCAGCGCUGAAUCAGACCGGUUUAUACGACACUGGAGCACUUCCCAAUCUAGAUAUUCUAGCAUGGUAGACUUUUGAAGCUCAAGAUCACCAUCCCGGUAGGACUUUUGAAGUAUCGUUUCGUAUUUGUCGCGCGCUUCUAGCAUCUUUUUCGCUGGUUGUGCUGCUGACGUAGCCUCUUGCAUGCCACUCUCCCAGGCGCUACUGUUGAAUUCUGAGAGGAAGCUAGAAAAUCGUUGUGACGUCUCAUCCCAUGCCAAAUGCGGUGUUGCCAAUCGUUCCUUAAACAAUGUAGCGAUUCGAUCGAUGUCAUCCGAUGUGUGCUGUUUUCGUAGAAGCUCCAGUUCGAGAUCGAUCCAACGAUUCCACAGUUCGUGGCUAUCCGAGAUGCGGUAUUCCACAGCCUGGUAGCCUUGCUGCCAUAACUGGAGGGCAGCCUCCAGCGUGAACAGCUCUUGACCUAUUGAUCGCUCGUCUUCCGCCCAGUCGCUCGCCGCAUCACUGUUGCUGUUCUGCCAAAGUGACCAGAAGUAGUUGCAUCGAGCUAACCAGAGCUGCAAGCUGUUCGGUUCAGAGUUUGUAGCAUUGUUAUAUGAUUCGAAGACAUGUAUGCGCUGUUCGAGAUCGCCGGCUGUUCUAGCUGCCUCUUCCAAAUAUGCAACGAGGUUAGACUCUCCAACCGGUUCUGACAUGUUCACUGGCGCGCUUCUCAGCGUAUAACUUGGCUGGCGUUUACGUCAGUAAGUAGUCAACAUGACAUUCAGGCGCUAUAGUGUAGAAUUUCGCUAUCGUGAUACUGUCGCCGUUUGUAUGAUUCGAUGGGUUGUGUUGGUUUUGCUAUUGGCGUUUGCAGCUUGAAGCACUGGGAGCCUAGCCAUGACGAGGUCGCGACAGCUGGGCGUGAAGUUUUCGGUGGGGCGCAUCUGCGCAAAGAGCGAUCUGUGGCGACAAUACAGCAGCUUUCAGCCCGAGCUGUUUAGGCUACAACACGCAACCAGGUGGAUUUAACAUGCUUUCAAUCCCAAAGAAACGGUUGCCAAGUAAAAAUAGAGUAAACUUAAGAUGAGCCCAUUAUGAACCAAACAUUAAAACCCUGGCGACUUAAUUUACUGAAGAGGGCGCGCCCUACCAAGUAGCCGACACCUGUAGGGUACAGCCACCCAAAGUCCGAGCCGGUGCCCGUCUGCAGUCAAUGUUCUGGAGCAACUUGUGGGCAAAACCUAGAGGCGCACUGAUCAGCAUGACGACAGAGCAGGAUGCACGAGGCGAACCGAUGGCCGGGAGAACCUAGUGUUUCAGACCAUUUUAGCUGCAGCUGGCCAGCCCAACGAACUGGCAAAGAAAGCUCGGGUAGGAUUCUCUGCCACCCACACCGUGAUAUUAGGUUGUAUAUUCGCUGGCUGCUGUAAACACUAUACAUUUGGUCACUCCUAAGUAUGCUGAUGUCUAGCAUGAAUCGAGUACCUCGAUAAGAUUACAGCUUAGCCAUAAGGAUUAAAGCGACUCGGCGUUUCGUAUGGGUUAUGCAGCUUGGGCUAUGCUCUAUUCAGACCCAACUGCCGAUGGGGCAGCGACUUUUAGUAGCUUGCAGUAGAGGUGCAGCGUCUCCGCCUGUGAAACAAAAGGAAAGGAGGGAGAGACAGUGCGAAAUACGCCGAGGGACACAAAGACAUGCACACAAAGAGGGGUGAUGGCGACGAAAAAGAAAACAUAAAAGAAAAUAUGAAUUGCUAAGCAGCUUGCCAAAGAAAGCAAAGCAAUAAUGGACAAAAAGACAAAGGAAAAAGAAAAUCCGUAUGACGAAACUACGGGUUGGACAGUCGCAGGGAACAGCAAAUGCAGUAACACCGGAGAAGGGAUGAGAUGGUUCUAGCAGCAGGUUCUGUCGACUGUGCUAGACUCGGGAUUACAGUAAUCGCUAAUACUAGUCAGUAAAGCCCCCCCUGACUAGCCCAGGAAAUGAGUGUAACUGGGUGCCGUGGCGCAUCUGCCGUGGCGCUGGUUGGCGAAGAGUGAGAACGGGCUGCAGGUUGUGCCUGGUGUUCCUGA